AUGUAAAGGUAGCUUACUAGAGAUAAGAUGCAAAGAAUACUAAAGUAAAACAUGCAAUAAAUCAUUCAACUUACUAAAGAGGGCCAUUUUACUGUUGAAGAGAUUAAAACAGCUUACUUAUUGAGAGCUCUGGACAUUGCUGUAGACAAUAAUUACCUUGCGGAACUUAUAAUUGAAGACAAGGAAUAAUCUAGACCUCGCUAGAUGAUAAUAGGAUAAUCUGAGAGGUAAAAGGUUAAGCCUGACCAUUCAUUAUAUGGAUUGACGUUUUCAGUAGCUGAUUGCAUUUAUCAAGAUGGAUAUGAUUGUACGAAUGGAAAUGUUUUUAGAUCACUCAAGCCUUAAAACACAAACGCAAUUUUUAUUUAGGCUCUGAUUGACUUGCAGGCUAUGCCGUUGUUUAGAUCUAGUGUGAAUUAGAGCACUUAAGUAGUUGAUAACAAUUGCUGGGUGAAGGAAUGUAAUAACAAUAUAUGGGGUAGAGCGAACAAUCCUCACAAGAAAGAAUUUAGCACUGGAGGGUCAUGUGGAGGAGAAGCUGCAUUAGUUAGUACAUUUUCAGCAGGAAUAGGCAUUGGAAUAGACUAAUUUGGCUGCUCUAGAUACCCAGCUGCAUGUUGUGGAGUCUCAGCAUUUAAGCCAACUAGUUCAAGAGUUUCUUGCCAAGGUAUUUCUAAGAUUAAUAUGCAGACUUAAGUUUGCAAAGCAGUCAUAACUCCUAUGGCCAGAUCAGUAAAAGAUUUGACUCAUAUAUUUAAAUGUCUAUGGGAUUCAUAAAUCAUGUCUCACUAUGAUAAUUCAAUUUCCCCUAUCAAAUUCAGAGAGCCUUCGAAUUUGCAAAGUAAAGAUAAGGCUCUUAUAAUUGGCUAUUAUAUGGGAGAUGGUAUAAUUGAGCCAUCUUACUCUUCAAAAUAAGCUCUUUUGAUGGUUAAAGAAGUAUUGGAAGAGCAAGGGCAUACUUUAAUAGAAUUUAAACUGGGGGCUGAACAGUAGUUGCAGUAGAUAGUUAUAUUAGCCUAUAAACUGAUUUGUAGUGGUGGCAACCUUGGAUUAUAUACAUAGGCUUUAGAAGGAGAGUCUCAGAUUGAAGAAAUGUAAAAGAUUUUGCACUAAGCAAAACUAUCAAACAGCUUUAAGGAUAAACUUAUAGAAAUAUUAAAGUCAUUAAGGUAAGAUAGAAUGAGCAUUAUCAUGGAGGCAACAAAAUCACUUUCUGCACAAGAAUUUAUCGAAUUGAAUGCUCAGCUAAAUACUUAAAUAAGAAAUUUCACUGAUUAUUGGAUAUUGAUGCAAUUUGAUGCAGUGAUAUCCCCAGCCUCCCCGUUACCAGCUAUUCCUCACAAGCUAUCCAGCGAAUUAUUCACCCUUAAUAGCAAUCUAAUGCUCUACAAUAUUCUCGAUUACCCCUCAGGAGUACUGCCUGUAAAAUUAGUUACUUCUGAAGAUAUCAAAUUGAAUGAGUAAUAAAUCAAAGGUAGGGGUAGUAGUAACAUUUAGGUAUAACAUGACAGAAUAUCUGAGUUUAUGAGAAUAGCUUAAACCGAUUCACAAGGACUGCCGAUCGGGGUUUAGGUUGCAACUUUACCAAAUUAGGAUGAAAAAUGCUUAUUUAUUAUGGAAUUGAUCGAAAAACUAGUGGGUUUUAAUGAAUUAUCUCUUGCGUAUCUAUACUGA